ACAAUAACCUCAAUAUAAUUACUGUUAAAUUCCCAUCGCCUUUGUGAAGUCAGGUCAAGAAACUAGGGCAUUAUUAAUUUAUUAUAUCGCAUUUCCCCCAAAUCCGUCUCCAUUCUCUUCUCAAUUCAAUUGUUUUGCUAAUUCUUAAUUCACCUCACUUUCAAAUCGAAUCAAAUUCUAUCUUCUGAUACAGAAAAGUAGAAUUACCAAAUGGCUGAAUCCAGCAAAACCCAGCCUACAGGAGUAGACAACACUUUUCGAAGGAAAUUCGAUAGAGAAGAGUAUUUACAACGCGCCCGCGAGCGGGAAGAAAAGGAGGAGGCCCGGUCGAAAUCAAAAUCAAGGGGUCCGCCGGUGCAAAGGAAACCUUUGAAGCACAGGGAUUAUGAAGUGGACCUUGAAUCUCGAUUGGGAAAGACUCAGGUUGUUACUCCAAUUGCACCUCUAAGUCAGCAGGCUGGAUACUUCUGCUCAGUAUGUGAAUGUGUAGUAAAAGAUUCUGCAAACUACUUAGACCAUAUAAAUGGAAAGAAGCAUCAACGAGCUUUGGGCAUGUCUAUGCGGUCUGAAAGGGCAACUUUGGAGCAGGUUCAGCAGCGGUUUGAAAAUCUCAAGAAGCGGAAAGAUACUGGAGGCUUCACCGAACAAGAUUUUGACGAGAGGAUCUUGAAACAACAGCAAGAAGAGGAGGAAAGAAAACGCCAACGUCGAGAGAAAAAGAAAGAGAAGAAGAAAGAGAGGGCUGCCGAGGAGGAACCUGAGAUGGAUCCUGAUGUUGCAGCUAUGAUGGGAUUUGGUGGUUUCAGAACAUCCAAAAAAUGAUUUACUCUGAAAAUUCCUUCAAGGACAGCUUGAUGAAACCACUAAUUUACUGAAGCCCUCGUUAUUUUUUUCGAUCAUUUAGAUGGAUAUAAUCUCUACAGGAGCAUGGAAGCCCUUGAAAAAGUAGUUAGAUAUUGCUGAAUGGCGUUCAUUUCUUCCUGACAUUGAUAUGCUUUGUUUCUUCUGCAUAUCUGAUCUGUAAUGUUAUAGAAGAUCUAUGGAGAAAUGCAGUUCUUUAUUGGUGAAACUGUGUCUAAAUGGUACUCUUCUUUCUCUGAAAUUCUGUGGAUUAUAAGAGGAUGCAUUUUGCACGGAGAUAAGAGAGCCUGAAUAUUUCUUAGCUGCAAUAUGUACACAAUUGUCUAAAUUUGUUCCUUGAUAAGCUGUGUUACCUUGUCCGUCGAAA